UCUUUUUUUAUUUUAUAAUAUUUUAUAAACAUAUUUAUUCCCUUCUUUAUUUAAUAAUAACAAAAUAAAAAAAAUGGGUAAGAAGACAUAAAAAAAAAACAAUAGUAUUUAUAUGUUAGAUAACUUACAUUGUUCUAUAGUCGCUCAAGUUCAAAAGCCUGCACCCAACUUCACUGCUCCUGCUGUUGUUGAUGGUGAAUUCAAAGAUAUUUCCCUCUCUGAUUACAAGGGAAAAUAUGUCGUCUUCUUCUGGUAUCCUAUGGAUUUCACCUUUGUUUGUCCUACUGAAAUUUUAGCUUUCUCUGAUCGUAUCAAGGAAUUUGAAGCUUUGGAUGUUGCUGUCAUUGGUGCCUCUACUGAUUCUGAAUUCUCUCAUCUUGCCUGGAUCAACACACCUCGUAAGCAAGGUGGUCUUGGUAAUAUGAACAUUCCUCUUUUGGCUGAUAAGACAAAGGCUAUUGCUCGUGAAUAUGGUGUUCUCCUUGAAGAUGUUGGUAUUGCUCUUCGUGGUCUUUUCAUUAUUGAUCCUAAGGGUAUCGUUCGUCAAAUUACUAUCAACGAUUUACCUGUCGGUCGUUCUGUUGAUGAAGUCAUUCGUUUGAUUGAGGCCUUCAAGUUUACUGAUGAAUACGGAGAGGUCUGUCCUGCUAACUGGAAGGCAGGUGAAAAGACCAUUAAGCCUGAUGUUGAAAAGUCCAAGGAAUUCUUUGAAGCUGUCAACUAAAGCAUAAUACACAAAAAAAAAAAAGAUAACAAAAUUUGUAUAUAAAGAAAUAAUAUUUGUACACAACAUAUAUGAACAAAAAUAUUUAUUUUAGAUUAGAUAUUAUCGCCUAUUGCAAUAUUUUAAAAAAAAAAAUAUGCAAAAUUUAUUAAUAAAGUUUUCAUAU